AUGGGUCGUGGUCUUCAGCCCCUCGUUACCGUCAAGUCAUCACAGGUGAAGAAACGCGCUCUGGAUACGCCCGAUGAGAGGUCGAUCAAUAUUGAGGAAGGGGAUGAGUACUCGGGGUCGAGGUUUGGAAACUUUCGCACCUACAUGCGACACAAAAAGGCGAAGUUGCAGAACCAGGAUGCUGUGCUUCGGAGCAAGGUCACGCCAGACACCCCUCAGAUCUUCAAAGGCAUGAUCAUUUACAUCAAUGGAUACACGAAACCCCCUCAAGCCGAUCUUUGGAACCUCAUUGUUGUCCAUGGAGGUGUUUACAAGCAAUUCCUUGAUGGGAAGACAGCCGUGACACACAUCAUUGCCUCAGCCCUGACACCAAAGAAGCGAAUUGAGUUUGCAAAGUAUCGCGUCGUGAAACCUGAGUGGAUUGUUGACUGCGUCAAAGCUGGAAAACCCUUAUCCUGGACGAAGUACAGAGUCGUUGCCGAGGCUGCCGGUCAAAGAGAGAUUGCUUUCAACAAGGACGGUGGUUUGGAAGCGCAGAUAACUUCGGUAUCGACCUCAUACAAAGCUCUCCCACAGUUGAAAAAGAGCGAAUCCACGAAGAGUGUCAGUAGCACCGGGAAGAAAAGGAGGGUGGUGCCUCUGCAGCUGAACGAUUACUUCGGCAAGAGGAUCAGCACGCAGAGCUCGGCUGUGUCAGACCGCGUUGAAGGUUCAGGGGUCACACAACCACCAAAGGUAACGGAGACGGUUUCUUCAGCCACGAUGAGUAGUAGACGACAGUCUGUGAACAACAGGACUGAGCCAGAGCCAACGGCUGUUCCGGCUACCACUGCCGUUGCCGAUGUCGAGGACGAGGUACUUCUUUCAUCUGUGGACCAGAUCCUUGCUACACCUUCUCAGUCUCAGGAAGAGGUACCUGCGUCUUCGAAUGAACCCGUCCUUAAUGUCUUUGACCGGGCGGAGUACGUGCCAUCACAGGAAAUGUUUGGUGACGUGCAUACCAUGACUUUGAAAGAACUGGUACCCUCCAAGGCUACGGAGGCUCCAGUUCAGCUGUCAGAAGCGCUAAUAUUUCCAGAGAAUUCUUUCACGCUUCAGGCGAAUGAUCCGCAAAGUGAUUACGGCAUUGACGACAGUUUCCUGGACGACAUCGGUAUGCAUGGUGAUAGCGAGAGUCAUGAGCUUGUGCCGGAACGUGUACAUUAUGAGGCUGUGAACCAGGACCUAUCGGAAACACACACGGAUACCAUCGGCAGGCACGAACCGCUUGUAUGGCCACCGACUGACAGACCAGCGUCUGCAACACCACGCGAUGAACCGCUUGUGUGGCCGCCUACUGACGGGCCUGCAUCGGAACCCCCACGCGAGGCUUCGCAGACACCGGCAAAAGAGGAGACGGAUCUGAUCAAACCCACUGUCGCAAGUGAAGCCGCUACUGACGCACCGGAUGUGCCUGUCAUGGGUGACACAUACCCUGAAGACGAGGUGGUGUAUCGGCCUAAGACAGUACAUGCUGUAAACGCAGGUCCGAUACGAGAUGCUACCGACCCUGGAUUCUUCGAUCAGUACUACGGCAAGUCUCGCUUGCAUCACUUGUCAACAUGGAAAGCAGAGCUCAAGUUGCAAAUGCAAGAGCUUGCGGCCUCGAAUCCUCCAACGCCAGCGCUGAUGACAAGGAAGGGCGAUCGUACAAUCUUACACGUCGAUUUCGACUCAUUCUUUGCUGCUGUUUCAUCUCUGUCCUUACCACCUGAAGAACGCGCUAAACCUAUCGUGGUUUCACACGGUGGUACAGCUAUGGGAGAGAUUGCGUCCUGCAACUACCCUGCUCGCGAUUUCGGCAUUCGGAACGGGAUGUGGAUGGCAAAAGCGAGAGAUUUAUGCCCGCACGUUAGGUGCAUUGGGUAUGAUUUCUCGAAAUACGAGGAGAUCAGCCGGAAGUUCUACGACGUCUUAUUGGGAGUCGGUUGCGAGAAGUUGCAGGCUAUUAGCGUGGACGAAGCACUUCUGGAUGUUACAAGUCCUGUACAGUGUACAGGUAAGGAUGAAGGCUCAGCUGCAGAUGAAUUGGCGACUGUGAUUCGGUCACAAGUUCGUCAACUGACUGGAUGUGAGGUUAGUGUUGGGAUCGGCUCAAAUGUUCUUUUGGCGCGUUUGGCUUUGAGGAAAGCGAAGCCUGCUGGACAGUACCGCUUGCACAAGGCGGAUGUGCUCGAUUUCAUCGCGGACCUUGAAGUUCGUGACUUACCAGGUGUCGGACGAUCUAUCGAGGACAAGUUGCGUGACCAGCUCGGUAUUAUCACAGUUGCUGAUCUCCGCUCACAUGCAAAGACAGCGCUACAAAAUCUCCUUGGGCAGAAGAACGGACAAAAGCUCUUCAACUUCGCACGUGGGAUUGAUGAUACUCCUGUAGGCGAAAAGUCGGAGCGCAAAAGCGUGAGCGCUGAAGUCAACUACAUGAUUCGGUUCAAGACACGUGAAGACGUCGAUACUUUCAUGCACGGACUCGCCGGCGAACUCUCGAAGCGUCUGAAGAAGAUCAAUGUCCGUGGGAAACAGCUUACGUUGAAGGUUAUGCGACGUGCAGCUCAUGCUCCCAUUGAAACGCCUAAACCCGGUGGUCAUGGCGAGUGUGACACGUUCAAUAAGAGUACGAGUUUCGGCGUUGCGACGGACGAUCAAGACGCCCUAUCCGUCGAAGCGAAGAGCUUGCUAUGGAGUUUGAACCUCGUAAUCGAGGAUUUGCGAGGUAUUGCACUCAUGAUGACGAAGCUGGAGGAGAGCGGGGAUGGCAAGGGUCAGAAGAAGCUGAACUGGGGUGCGCCAGCAGUUACCGGUGAUCGACAACAAGUGCCUAAGGACGCUUCUGAAUCUCAUAGCUUACCGCAAGGUGAAGCGCAGAGUCGACCUUCUACUUCAAAAUCACGUCCAGCCUCAAGUCAGUGGGUUUUGCCGUCCCAGGUUGAUCCUCAAGUUCUUUCCAACCUACCUGAUGAUAUCCGCAUGGAAAUUGAAAAACAGGCGGAUUUCAAAGUUACAGCGGCGGCAGACCCCUUUACAGUUCCCGCCCUUUCUAAAACUCCGGCGGCGAAGACACCGAAGACUGACCUCAGGCGGUCAAUCAUCCGCAACUUCAUCAUGAAUAAUGGAGGUCAAUCCCCAGCACACCGGCAUCCCAGCUCUCCAGCGCUAAACUCCUCACCAGCGUUUAGCCAGUAUGAAUUACCGUCACAGAUGGAUCCAGAUGUUCUCAAGGAGUUACCGGAAGAUCUGCUGGCAAAGAUUGAACGGCAAAAAGAAUGGAUCGCUGCACCAAAGAUUGGUGAUAUGGGACCACCUGCGUUGAAGGUGUCCCCAAGAACCCCAGCGGCAGUUGGCAAGUCGACUCGAUUGCUCAAGGACGGGUCCUCUCCGAUGUUACCCUCGCCACUAAAGACGCCGUACAUUGGCCCUGCCACCUCGCCUGCGACGAACCUGUCAUCUCCUAUGUCGCAAUUCAACAUUCCUUCGCAACUGAACUCCGGUGUCCUCGCCGAACUGCCUUCUGAGUGGCGAUCAAGGAUUGAGCAGCAAUACCGGACGAAAAUAGCGCAAAAAGACCGGGAUGCUCGACCGAUCACGGAGAAUCCCAGUCCGAGUCAAUGGGAUCCCGAAGUUGUCAAGCAGAUUGGCACACAGAACCUGAAAGAGCUAGGUGUCUUGAAGGACGAACGCAAGCAUGUGAGCUUUCUCCAAGCACCAAAGACACCCACCAAGAACAGAACCUUGGGAAAGAAGAAUUCGAUGUCGCCCAGAAAGAGUCCGCGCAAGUCACCGAGCAAAGCACGCCAAUCCAACACGCUUGAGAUGACCUUGACACAAAAUCAUUUCCUGAAAGCACAGCGUGAGCAACUCAAAACAACCACUCUUGGAACACAGUCGACGCCGCCAGCGAAUAUUGAUAAAGAAUGGUGGGAUGCACUGGGUCCUGAUGUGCAGAAGGAUAUUCUCACGGAGGAACGCAUUCAGCGUGACAAAACCCGGCUUCGGAGGGAGGCCGAAGACCGCAUCCGUAAACGAAUGGAAGGACGGCCCAAAGUUGACCAGUACCUUGUUGAUCUACCAGAAGGUGGGAUGAAGGUUAAGCUUGGUGGAGUUGCAGAUGUUGACGAUGUCAGAAGGAUGUUGAGCGAAUGGGUCGAGACGGACUGGGAGCAGGGUCCUGUUCACGAAGACGCGGAAGUGAUUAUGGCAUAUGUUAAAAAGCUUGUGGUGGAGGAUAUGAAUGCGGCGAAGGCUCAAGGCAUGAUCAAAUGGCUGGCUUACGCUGUUGAGAAUGCCGCCAGAAGGCGCGCCGAAGAGCGAAGGCAGUUUAUACAUGCUGCCGAACACAACUUAUGCGAAGACCCGGAGGGAGCGGAGUUUGCGUGGAGCAUGGUGAUACGGAAAAUUUUGGACGGAUGUAAUGAGGCACUCGCGGAACGGGGAAUUGGCGCUUUGAAUCUUUUUGAGUGAUACCCUCUAUCUAAUCGUACACAUACCAAGUGAAGCAUGAUUGUAACAUACUAUGCUUUGGAUGGUUCUUCAUCUGGAAGAAUCUCUAUGUCUCCUGUUUCUUGUACCUUAAUGCCUUUCUUGAUCUUCACUCCAUCUUUUGCGAGGAUAUCUUCUAGAGUAAUGCGGUCGUCUGAGAAGGUCUUCAGGUGGUCUGCAAUCAGAUGCCUGACGAUACAUUAGUCU